UAUAUAUUGGUAUCAACUAGACUCACACCCAUGUCAGCAGUUUUCUUGUUGACAGCAGCGUUUGCCUCUAGCAGUCACGAUUAUUCUAUCGCUAUAGAAAAAAAGGUGGUGUUAACAUUUUUAUAAAAAAAGAAUCAGUGUGUUGUCGUCGUCGUGAUUUAGUUUGUCGUCAUUUCAGUUAGUCAAUUUUAUUGAUCUAUUUCGUUUCAUGGUGUACGUAUUCGGUUCGUUCAAAUUAGUGUCGCAAUGUUCACGAUAAGACGUUUUGCUAAAUUGGCUGUUGUUUUCAAUAAUAAUGCACGUCAACAGAAUCUUCGCACAAAAUAUUCUUCCACCGCCACCACCACCACAAUCACUGAACACACACAGCCAAACAAGCCAUAUCCGUUGGAUGGGAUUCGAGUGCUAGAUCUAACUCGAAUUGUGGCUGGUCCAUACUGUACGAUGAUAUUGUCUGACUUGGGUGCGGAUGUGAUAAAGAUCGAACGACCGGGCAGCGGUGAUGAAUCACGCAAAUGGGGUCCACCGUUUGUGAAAAACUCCAAAGAUUCGGUUUACUUUUUGGCAAACAAUCGCAACAAGCGCAGCUGUUGUAUCGACUUGAAACACGGCGCUGAUAUUCUCUACGAUUUAGCGCGGAAAUGUGAUGUUUUGGUGGAAAAUUACAUACCCGGCAAACUUGACGAAUAUAAUUUAGGCUAUGCACACAUAAGUCAAGUUAAUCCAGCCAUAGUUUAUUGCAGCAUUACUGGUUAUGGUGCGGUUGGUCCAUAUGCAAAACGUCCCGGUUACGACGUUAUCGCGGCUUCAAUGGGUGGCUUACUCCAUAUAACGGGCGCUGAAAAUGGGCCACCAUCUAAAGUGGGUGUUGCCGUCACUGAUUUAGCCACUGGAUUAUACGCACACGGUGCCAUUAUGGCAGCAUUGCUGCAACGAAUGAAGACUGGCAAAGGGCAAAAAAUCGAUGUCAAUUUGCUAUCGACUCAAGUUGCAAGUUUGAUAAAUGUUGCGUCCAAUUAUCUAAAUGCACAAAAAGAGGCCAAACGAUGGGGUACAGCACACGAAUCGAUCGUUCCGUAUGAGGCGUUCAAAACGAAAAAUGGCUAUUUAACGGUUGGCACGGGUAGCGAUUUACAAUUUCAAGCGCUUUGCGACUAUCUAAACAUCCCACACAUUCCAACCGACCCGAAAUUCAUCAAUAACGCUCAACGCGUCAAGCAUAGAGCCGAACUGAUAUCGAUUCUUUCCGAUAUAUUCAUCGAUGAGACGUCACAACACUGGAUGUCAUUGUUUGAAAAUGCGCCAUUUCCAGUCGGCCCAAUCAACAGCAUAGCUGAGGUGUUUGAUGACCCGCAUAUCAAAGAAAUCGGUCUAGUCAAAUCAUUAUCGCACCCAACUGGAGGUGAAAUAAAAGUCGUUGGACCGCCGGUCACAUACAGUGAUUCAUCCAACACAGCACGAACCGCUCCACCAUUGCUAGGUCAACACACCGACGAAAUUCUUAGAGACAUUCUUGAGUAUGACGAUGCAAAAAUCAACGAUUUACGCACACGAAACAUUAUUCAAUGAACAUUUUGUAAACAACUUUUUGGAGCAAAUAAUAAAAAAAAAAAACGAUAAGAAAA